CCUGGGCGCUUUAAGCAGGGGCGGGCCCAGGGGCGGCAGCCCCGGGCGGUUGCCGCGGGGACGGGGCGGGGACGCGGCCCGAGGGCGGAAGUGAGAAAGUUGUCGGCGUCCCGAGGAAGAGUCGUCGGGACGGAUCGGUGCGCGCGACGCGACGAUGGGGGGCUCGGGCAGCCGCCUGUCCAAGGAGCUGCUGGCCGAGUACCAGGAUUUGACAUUCCUGACGAAGCAGGAGAUCCUCCUAGCCCACAGGCGGUUUUGUGAGCUGCUGCCGCAGGAGCACCGGAGCGUGGAGGAGUCCCUACGCGCACGGGUGUCCUUUGAGCAGAUCCUCAGCCUUCCGGAGCUCAAGGCCAACCCCUUCAAGGAGCGGAUCUGCAGGGUCUUCUCCACGUCCCCAACCAGAGACAGCCUGAGCUUCGAGGACUUCCUGGACCUGCUCAGCGUGUUCAGUGACAACGCAACCCCAGACAUCAAGUCCCACUACGCCUUCUGCAUCUUCGACUUUGACGAUGACGGAACCUUGGACAGGGAAGACCUGAGCCGCCUGGUCAACUGCCUCACGGGCGAGGGCGAGGACACGCGGCUCAGCGCUUCCGAAAUGAAGCAGCUCAUCGACAACAUCUUGGAGGAGUCCGACAUCGACCGGGACGGCACCAUCAACCUGUCAGAGUUCCAGCACGUCAUCUCACGCUCACCAGACUUUGCCAGCUCCUUCAAGAUUGUCCUGUGACAGCAGCCCCCACGUGUCCAAGAACCCGUCCACUGUGGAGCUGCGGCCAAGGGGUACACCUGUGGUGCCAGGGCCGGCCAUGCCGGCCCAGCCUGGAGCCGGCACCGUGCCGUCUGGGCCUCGGGCAGGGGAGAGUGCGCCUUGUCAGGGCCUCUCCCCUUCUCACUGCCAUCAAGUGCUGUUUCUACUCAACAGUAAUAAAGAUUUAGAAGUUCUGAAAAAAAAAAAAAAAAAAAAAAGACAAUGAAUGGUGCACCAUCUUUAACAUACUUGAAGGGGAAAAAAACCCUGCCAACCUGAAAUUAUAACUAAACUUGCUAAGUUAUCUUUCAAAAAUGAACAUCAGAAAAAGACAUCUUCAGACAUUGAGUAGCUGAAAGAAUUAAUCACCAGCAGAACAACACAAUAAGAAAUGUUAAAGAAUAUCAUUAAUGUACAAGUAAAAUAAUGGAUAGCAAUCUGGAUCUAUCAAAGGACCUAAAAGUACAGAAAUGCUAGCCACAUGGGUAGAAGUGAAAGAUUAUUUUUCCUGUUAUUUAAAUAUCCUUAAAUGGACUAUUUAAACCAAAAAUUAUAACCAUGGUUGUGGAGUGUAUAACAUAGAAAAGGGUAAAAUGCAUGACAACAGCAUAUAGGAUGGAAGAAAAGAGAAGCCUACUACGUAAUGUGGUGUAGUAUCACUGGAAGAUAGACUGAAAAGCUAAAGGUGCGUACCACAUGCUCUAAAGACACCCAUAAAAAUGACAGAGUUAUAGAUAGUAAGCCAAUGAGAAACAUAAAGUGGACUUACAGAAAUAUUCAACUAAUUGGAAAAAGCAUAAAUAGGAAAUGGAACACAAAACACAUAGGACAAAUGGAAAACAAAUAGCAAGAUGAUCAAUUCAAAUCUAAGCAUGCAAGUCUCACAUUAAAUGAAAACUAUUUAAAGAAA